UUCGCGGCUCGGCUCCUGCCAGAGCGGCGGGGGCCGCGGAGCCGGAGCCGGAGCCGGAGCCGGAGCCGGGGCCGGGGCCGGGGCUGGAGUCCGGGAGGAGGUCGGGUCGGUGCGGGCUCCGGCGACAUGGGGUCUGCCGACUCCAAGCUGAACUUCCGGAAGGCAGUGAUCCAGCUCACCACCAAGACGCAGCCUGUGGAAGCCACCGACGACGCCUUCUGGGACCAGUUCUGGGCAGACACGGCCACCUCCGUGCAGGAUGUCUUUGCGUUGGUGCCGGCGGCUGAGAUCCGGGCCGUGCGGGAGGAGUCGCCCUCCAACCUGGCCACUCUGUGCUACAAGGCCGUGGAGAAGCUGGUGCAGGGGGCCGAGAGCGGCUGCCACUCAGAGAAGGAGAGACAGGUUGUGCUUAACUGCAGCCGGCUGCUCACCCGCGUGCUGCCCUACGUCUUCGAGGACCCCGACUGGAGGGGCUUCUUCUGGUCCACAGUGCCCGGGGCGGGGCGCGGAGGGCAGGGUGAGGAGGAGGACGAGAACGCCAGGCCCCUGGCUGAGUCCCUGCUCCUGGCCAUCGCCGACCUGCUUUUCUGCCCGGACUUCACGGUGCAGAGCCACCGUAGGAGCACUGUGGACUCCGCAGAGGAUGUCCACUCUCUGGACAGCUGUGAAUACAUCUGGGAGGCUGGCGUGGGCUUCGCUCAUUCCCCACAGCCCAACUACAUCCACGACAUGAACCGGAUGGAGCUGUUGAAACUGUUGCUGACCUGCUUCUCCGAGGCCAUGUACCUGCCCCCAGCUCCGGAGAGCGGCAGCACCAACCCAUGGGUUCAGUUCUUUUGUUCCACGGAGAACAGACACGCCCUGCCCCUCUUCACCUCCCUGCUCAACACCGUGUGUGCCUAUGACCCUGUGGGCUACGGGAUCCCCUACAACCACCUGCUCUUCUCCGACUACCGGGAGCCCCUGGUGGAGGAGGCCGCCCAGGUGCUCAUCGUCACCCUGGACCACGACAGCGCCACGAGUGCCAGCCCCACCGUGGACGGCACCACCACGGGCACCGCCAUGGAUGAUGCUGACCCCCCAGGGCCUGAGAACCUGUUUGUGAACUACCUGUCCCGCAUCCACCGUGAGGAGGACUUGCAGUUCAUCCUCAGGGGCAUAGCCCGGCUGCUGUCCAACCCCCUGCUGCAGACCUACCUGCCCAACUCCACCAAGAAGAUCCAGUUCCACCAGGAGCUGCUGGUCCUCUUCUGGAAGCUCUGUGACUUCAACAAGAAAUUCCUCUUCUUCGUACUGAAGAGCAGCGACGUCCUGGACGUGCUGGUCCCCGUCCUCUACUUCCUCAACGACGCCCGGGCGGACCAGUCUCGCGUGGGCCUCAUGCACAUCGGGGUCUUCAUCCUGCUGCUGCUGAGCGGGGAGCGGAACUUCGGGGUGCGGCUGAACAAGCCCUACUCGGGGCGCGUGCCCAUGGACAUCCCCGUCUUCACGGGCACGCACGCCGACCUGCUCAUCGUGGUGUUCCACAAGAUCAUCACCAGCGGCCACCAGCGGCUGCAGCCCCUCUUCGACUGCCUGCUCACCAUCGUGGUCAACGUGUCGCCCUACCUCAAGAGCCUGUCCAUGGUGACUGCCAACAAGCUGCUGCACCUGCUGGAGGCCUUCUCCACCACCUGGUUCCUCUUCUCCGCCGCCCAGAACCACCACCUGGUCUUCUUCCUGCUGGAGGUCUUCAACAACAUCAUCCAGUACCAGUUUGAUGGCAACUCCAACCUGGUCUACGCCAUCAUCCGCAAGCGCAGCGUCUUCCACCAGCUGGCCAACCUGCCCACCGACCUGCCCGCCAUCCACAAGGCCCUGCAGCGGCGCCGGCGCCCGCCAGAGCCCUUGUCCCGCGCCGGCUCGCAGGAGGGCGCCUCCAUGGAGGGCUCCCGGCCCGCGGCCCCCGCGGAGCCAGGCACUCUCAAGGCCAGCCUGGUGGCCACCCCAGGCAUCGACAAGCUGACGGAGAAGUCGCAGGUGUCAGAGGAUGGCACACUGCGGUCCCUGGAGCCUGAGCCCCAGCCCAGCGCCGUGGAUGGCAGCCCCGGCGAGGGGGAGCCCGGCCAGGCCUGGAGGGAGCAGCGGCGACCGUCUAGCGUGUCAGCCAGUGAUCAGUGGAGCCCGACGCCAGAGUGGGUGCUGUCCUGGAAGUCCAAGCUGCCGCUGCAGACCAUCAUGAGGCUGCUGCAGGUGCUGGUGCCCCAGGUGGAGAAGAUCUGCAUAGACAAGGGCCUGACGGACGAAUCCGAGAUCCUGCGGUUCCUGCAACACGGCACCCUGGUGGGGCUGCUGCCCGUGCCCCACCCCAUCCUCAUCCGCAAGUACCAGGCCAACUCGGGCACCGCCAUGUGGUUCCGCACCUACAUGUGGGGUGUCAUCUACCUGAGGAACGUGGACCCCCCAGUCUGGUAUGACACCGACGUGAAGCUGUUUGAGAUCCAGCGGGUGUGAGGACAGAGUCUGCAGGGGCUGGGCCGGGGGUGGCCGGGUGGGUGCCCUGGUCCCCGAUGCUCCCCAAGAGUGCCGUUCUGGGGUUUGGAUGGCCACCAUCAGGACAGGCUGCGGGCAGAGGGGCUGAAUCGGCCUCGAGGCGCCCUGGGGGCUGGGGACUGUGGCGACCGGCUUCCGGCCCCUUCCCCACAUCGACUCCCAGGACUCCCGUCUCCAGGGCUAUAGGACCCACCCAAGGGUCCCCUCUCAAGACCUAUGUCUGUGCCCCUGUGCUGCCCACUCCAGAAGCCACUGUGCCCUAGUGGGGCUCGCAUGACGGGACCCAGGCAGGUGAGGGGCACUUCCCAGUCUGAAGCUGCCCGUGCCAGGCCUGCUGUCUGCCCGCACCCAGCAGGUGGAGAACCGAGUGUGGCUGGGCUGCUCACUGGGGACCCGGGGAGACUCCGUGUGAUGGAGGGGCUUGGAGGGUGGCAUGGAGGGUCUCUCUGUUUUCUCCUGGGUCCGUGGGUGUAGCCUGGCUCCUUAUCCAGGGAACUGGGUCCAGGAACAGCUGUCCAGUUGGCCAUGGCUGCUCCCUGCCUCGCUGGGGGGCCGGGCACCCUCUGCGCUCCCUGGCUCCGGCCUCAAGGGCCCCCUCCACCCCGUGUCAGUGCAAUCUUUGCUCCGUACAAUCGGUCCCUUUAACAAUAAAACCUCCCUCUCCA